AUAAUGUAUACUAAAUGAAAAAAUGAAUUUACAUAAGCCUUUUCAAGUUUAAUUGUUGAAACUUCAAGAACCCGAAGUCAUUGUUGCCACAAGCCAAUCAGCCUAAGGCAUGGAACGAGGCUGAGAAAAUAAAGUAUCCGUUGCAACUACAGAGAAUUAUAGUCUUCAACAAGGUGAACAACCACUCGCUCCGACACAUAACACAGCUCCGAUGGCAUCUAGACCAGCCAUACGGCCAUUCCUACAGGCUGCAAAGCCUCAAUUUCGGCCGUCACAACUCAAUCGGUGUCUUUCGAACAGCACACGGAGAGCAGACUCGCCAUCGCAACCACAGUCUACGAACAAGGGAAAGACCACACACUUCGGGUUCGAAACCGUCGCAGAGGCAGAGAAAGAAGCUAGAGUGGCGGGAGUCUUCAGCAAUGUCGCAGCCUCGUACGAUACGAUGAAUGACUUCAUGUCUCUUGGGAUACACCGGUUAUGGAAAGACCACUUCGUCCGCGGCCUCAACCCGGGCUCCUCGUCAACCAGUCCCUCACCCGGCUGGAAAAUGCUCGAUAUCGCAGGCGGAACAGGAGACAUCGCGUUCAGGCUCCUCGAUCACGCAACGAACAUUAAUAAUUCCCCUCAAUCUACCAUCACCAUCUCCGACAUCAAUCCAUCAAUGCUUGCCGAGGGCAAGAAACGCUCCUUGAAGACUGAAUACGCCAAUUCUCCUCGAUUAUCAUGGCUUGUAGCUAAUGCCGAACAUCUCGAUGAGGUAGAGAGUGACAGUAUUGAUUUAUAUACCGUGGCGUUUGGAAUAAGGAAUUUUACGGACAAGGAUCGUGCACUGAGGGAGGCGUAUAGAGUAUUAAAGCCGGGUGGAGUGUUUGCAUGCUUAGAAUUCAGCGGGGUUACGAAUCCGCUGUUUGAUGCAGUCUACAAGAGGUGGAGUUUUGGUGCUAUUCCGUUGAUUGGGCAGCUAGUUGCUGGGGAUAGGGCGAGCUAUCAGUACUUGGUCGAGAGUAUUGAGAAGUUCCCCAAGCAAGAGGAGUUUAGGGAUAUGAUCAAGGCCGCGGGUUUUGUUGUGCCUGGGAAAGGAUGGGAAGAUCUGACUGGUGGCAUUGCAGCGAUUCACAAGGGAAUCAAACCAGUCCAGAAGUUGUAAGCAUACCAGUGUAUCAUAUGUAUCAUAGGCAAACCUAAGGAAGUGAAGUUCCCAUAAUUAUUUGACUCGAG